AUGGCCCAUUCGUCUUCAUCAGAGUCCUCGCGCUCUGGAUCCGAUGGUGAUCUUGAGCCAUCCGAUCCUUGUACGCAUGUACUUCCUGGUCCAUAUAGGUGGGAGGUACUCCGUAAGAGGACACAGCGCAAUCACGUUUCACAAGUUGUGUGGAACGAGGAUACGGUUAGGGGGUUAAAGACGAGGCGAGGGAAACUUCAGGGGGGACCCCAUCACGAUGAUAUACCAGACGUUGUCGCUGACUAUUUGACACAGGCUGGGUUCAUACACGUGGCACGUAUGAGUCAUGUUCAGAUCGAUACCCCCUUGAUAUCUGCUUUGGUUGAGCGUUGGAGACCGGAGACACACACAUUUCAUAUGACGCAGGGAGAGAUGACCGUUACAUUACAGGACGUGGCUGGUAUACUUGGUUUGCCUACUGACGGGCAGGAGGUUUUUGGGACUACCCCAGUUACGGGCACAGACAUUCACGGAGGCGAUCUACGUAUAUCUUACUUAGACAAGAUAUACGCUGAUUGGUUUACAGUAGCACACAAUCCAGAGGAGGUGAGGCGUUACACCAAGGCACACAUUUUGCGGCUAUUAGGCUCAUGGUUUAAUUCCCUACCUCCCUUUAAGCCACAUGAGCAGUCUUGGUAUUGGGCAAACCUUGACACGCUUUAUAGAGACGAGGUUUGUGAUAUCUAUUAUUAA